UUAAAGAAACAAAGCUUGUUGUCCCCCAACCCCAAUGUUGUAACAGCAAGGAACCUCUACAAGAGGGCCUCUGGGUUUGGCGCACAUCCAACUCUCUGUGUCGGAGCGAGUUGCUGUCAAUUCCCAUUGAGUCCUCCCAACUCUGCUACUUCCUUCUCUCUCCAACUACCUUCUUCUUCUUCUUCACCCUUUAAUUUCACUCUCUAUUUUCUAUUUCUUUCCGCUCACUCUGCUCCAGUGCUCCUUCCUUCACUUGAACUCGCUCGCACUCUAUGGCAGAGAUGGAAAAUCAUGACGGGAAUCGUGCGAGUGAAAGGGAAUUAGCGGGAGAUAAUGGUUUUGUGCAAGUUUCAGAGCCUUCUGUUAGUGCUAGUGGCUCUGCUGGUGGUGCUGGGUGUGAAGGGAAAGAUAGUCUUUCUUAUGCAAACAUCCUGCGUUCUAGGAACAAGUUUGUUGAUUCUCUUGCUCUGUACGAGCGUGUUCUGGAGAAGGAUAGUGCAAAUGUAGAGGCUCUCAUUGGAAAAGGGAUAUGCUUGCAGAUGCAGAACAUGGGGAGGCUUGCUUUUGAAACUUUCUCUGAGGCUAUCAGGCUCGAUCCUCAAAAUGCUUGUGCCCUCACGCAUUGCGGUAUUCUAUACAAGGAGGAGGGUCGCCUUGUCGAGGCUGCUGAGUCAUACCAGAAGGCUUUACGAGUGGAUCCUUCAAACAAAGCAGCUUCCGAAUGCCUUGCCAUUGUUUUAACAGAUAUUGGUACCAACAUAAAGCUUGCAGGAAACACUCAGGAGGGAAUUCAAAAAUAUUUUGAAGCCCUUAAAAUAGAUCCGCACUAUGCUCCAGCGUAUUAUAACCUUGGUGUGGUGUACUCUGAAAUGAUGCAAUAUGACAUGGCCCUCAGUUUCUAUGAAAAGGCCGCGUCAGAGAGGCCUAUGUACGCUGAAGCGUAUUGCAACAUGGGUGUGAUUUUUAAAAAUCGCGGUGAUUUGGAAGCAGCUAUUACUUGUUAUGAGAGGUGUUUAGCUGUGUCACCCAACUUCGAGAUUGCAAAGAAUAAUAUGGCUAUAGCUUUGACAGAUUUGGGAACGAAGGUUAAAUUGGAGGGGGACAUCAACCGAGGUGUGGCUUUUUAUAAGAAAGCUUUGUAUUAUAACUGGCAUUAUGCUGAUGCCAUGUAUAAUCUUGGGGUUGCUUAUGGUGAGAUGCUUAAGUUUGAUAUGGCUAUUGUAUUCUAUGAACUUGCCUUUCACUUCAAUCCACAUUGUGCGGAAGCUUGUAACAAUCUUGGAGUUAUAUAUAAAGAUCGUGACAAUCUUGAUAAAGCUGUAGAAUGUUACCAGCUUGCUUUAUCAAUCAAACCUAACUUUUCACAGUCAUUAAAUAACCUUGGUGUUGUAUACACUGUCCAGGGUAAAAUGGAUGCUGCUGCAAGUAUGAUUGAGAAAGCAAUCAUUGCAAAUCCAACAUAUGCAGAAGCAUACAAUAACCUAGGAGUUCUUUAUAGGGAUGCCGGUGAUAUCGCUCAAUCAAUUAAUGCUUAUGAGCAAUGUCUAAAGAUUGAUCCUGAUUCCCGAAAUGCUGGCCAGAACCGCUUGCUUGCAAUGAAUUACAUAGAUGAAGGAAUUGAUGACACACUUUUUGAGGUUCACAGGGAGUGGGGUAGGCGAUUUAUGAGAUUGUAUCCACAGUACACAUCAUGGGACAACUCAAAAGAUCCUGAACGGCCUCUUGUGAUAGGAUAUGUAUCACCUGAUUAUUUUACUCAUUCUGUGUCAUAUUUCAUAGAAGCUCCCCUUGUCUAUCAUGACUACACCAAUUAUAAAGUGAUUGUUUAUUCUGCAGUUGUCAAGGCAGAUGCAAAAACCAUUAAAUUUAGAGAGAAAGUCUUAAAGAAGGGUGGUAUCUGGAAAGAUAUUUAUGGGAUUGAUGAAAAGAAGGUUGCCAACAUGGUUAGAGAAGAUCAAGUUGAUAUUUUGGUAGAACUUACAGGUCAUACUGCGAACAAUAAGUUGGGCAUGAUGGCAUGUCGACCUGCACCAAUUCAGGUGACUUGGAUUGGUUAUCCCAAUACAACAGGAUUGCCUACAAUUGAUUAUAGAAUCACUGAUUCACUGGCUGACCCUCCUGAAACAAAGCAGAAGCAUGUUGAGGAGUUACUUAGAUUGCCAGAAAGCUUCCUUUGUUACACCCCUUCACCUGAGGCUGGUCCUGUUUGUCCAACUCCCGCUCUUUCUAAUGGCUUCAUUACAUUUGGUAGUUUUAACAAUCUUGCCAAGAUUACUCCUAAAGUAUUGCAGGUUUGGGCAAGGAUACUGUGUGCUAUUCCAAAUUCUCGCCUUGUGGUAAAAUGUAAACCAUUUUGCUGUGACAGUGUGAGACAAAGAUUCCUUUCAACACUAGAGCAGUUAGGUUUGGAACCGCUACGUGUUGAUCUUUUGCCCCUUAUUCUUCUAAACCAUGAUCAUAUGCAAGCAUAUUCUCUGAUGGACAUCAGUUUGGACACAUUUCCAUAUGCUGGAACAACCACUACAUGUGAAUCUUUAUACAUGGGAGUUCCAUGUGUCACUAUGGCUGGCUCAGUACACGCGCACAAUGUUGGUGUUAGUCUUAUUAGCAAAGUUGGACUGGAGCGUUUGAUUGCCAAAAACGAAGAUGAAUACGUUCAAUUGGCUCUGCAGUUGGCCUCUGACAUUUCCGCACUACAAAAUUUGAGAACGAGUCUGCGAGAUCUUAUGUCCAAGUCUCCUCUAUGUGAUGGUGCAAAUUUUAUCCUUGGCCUAGAGUCAACAUAUAGAAAAGUGUGGCUUAGGUAUUGUAAAGGAGAUGUUCCAUCCUUGAAACGCAUGGAAUUGUUGCAACAACCAGUUGGUACUUGUGACUCAUCCAAUAAGAAUUCUGAGCCAAUAAGGAUUUCAAACUCAAGGGAGGACAGUUCUGGAUCUGUCAAGGCCAAUGGAUUUAAUUCAAUGCAUCCGUCAAAGCUUAAUAUACUCAGUUGCGAAGAAAACGGCCUGUCAUUGAAUGACAGUAGUAAACAAGGAAAGACGAAUUCAGGUUGAAUUUCGUCUGAGAAUCCUUUUAGCGAUUCCAGGAUGUUGAACUUUAUUACAAUAGGUGCAUUAUUAGGUUGCAUGGUGUAUAUUGUGAAUGCUGCUGGAAGAGGCUGGAGAAACCACAGCAUCACACAAGGUUGACUUGCAUAAAUUACAUUUUUUGGGGGGUGAGGGGGGAUGGGAAAGCUAUCGGCAACAGUUAACAACUAUAUGUUCCCUUGAGUGAAGUGGAUGUGCAACGAGGAGAUGCUACCUUGAGCUGUAGCCUGUAACUGCAAUCUUUCGGUAGCUGUAGCCAGUGACACAAUUUCCCCCUGAAUUAUAAUAGUUCUGUAAAUCUUGUGUAAUAUAUAUUCACCUUGAGCAAGGGUUCUUGUCCGUCUAUUUUAACAUGGCAUUUUUCGUUGGGUAAAUGUG